AUGCUGAUUGUUGAUAGAUGCCACUUUAAUGGAGAGAAGAUCCUCAAACCAUCAUCUGGGUGCCGCUUACCGUGCCAGAAUCGUGUGGAUGUGGAUAUGUGGCCUAUCAGCCAAAGAUAUCUCUCAGGAGAUCGGGAGCUUCGGUCAGGAAUGGGCUGCUGGGGCGUAGCACUGUUUGAGGUGACAGUAGACAGCCGGGAUGCUAACUUGACUCAGACAGAGAUCUCACUCGCGGUUACCAAGGCUCACAGGUUGCGGCAAGUGUCUGGCUGCGUGACAGUGGUGGUGGUGAGUGAUGACAUAACCUUCCUCACAGACUUCGCUGAGUGUUCCCUCAAGGGCCGCCUCCUGGUGUGGUCAACAAGGCUUCUCGCCGUCACCCGCCUGCCCCUCCUGCAGCUACAGCAACUCAUGAGGAGUCAUUGGACAUUCUCCAUGAUGAAUGCUGUGUUCCUGGUUUUGAAUGAAAAGUCGAAUUUACACAGUUUCAGCAUGUAUGUAAACUUGCCGUACAGCGUGUCAGGUGCCAAAAUAGUAGAGAUUGGAGCAUGGAGUAAAGCUCGUGGUCUUCACCUUCUUAAUCUUCCCCUCUUCCCUGAAAAAUUCAAUAAUUUCUACGGCGCCACAGUAAACGUGACAGCCUUGCCAUAUAAACCUUUCUGGAGUGUAGCAGAGGAGCAGAGUGGUAAUAACUCUGGUAUCUACAGGUACAUUGGCAGCGACGUCAUGAUGCUGCGUGCCAUUGCUGACGUUCUGAACUUUUCCAUUAACGUUCUACCUGUAGCCACCUGGGACCAGGUCACAAGCUUGGUGAUGGAAAGAACUUCCUUCAUUGCAGCUGUUACUUACAUGGUACUUCCACAACGCUGUCUUCUUUAUGAUUUUACAUAUGUCUACAUACAGGGGUCGAUCUCCUUUGCAAUGGCUACACCUUCGUUCAUUCCUAACUGGGAAAGUCUUGUCGACCCUCUUACAACUGAGGUGUGGGUGGCAAUCUUCGUGGUCCUACUUAUGGUGCCUCCCUGUUUGUUUAUGAUCUCCAGACAGGAAGAUGGGGCACGAUUAAAUGACAAAUUAACAAUAGGAGACUCGGCUGAAAUAGCUGUUGGAACGCUGCUUGGACAGGGUACUAAGAAGCAACUACCUGAGAGUAGUUCGAGUCGGUUGUUGUUGGUGAUUUGGCUGGUGUUCGCCUUCAUCGUGAGCAACGUCUACAGGGGCAACCUGACAGCCGCUCUCACCCUCCCCAAGUACCCACCCAGACCAGAGACACUGGAGCAGCUCGUCAAAGUUGUUGACAAUGAAAGCGGUUAUGAAACCCCCAAGAAAUUGGGUUUUGACCUUAAAACGCUUCUGGCCAAUCCAGCAGAAUAA